AUGGAGUCUAAACCCGCUCUUCUCGCAGUCUGCUUAGCUGUGGUUUCCGCGCUCAUCACCCAACAUGGACGGGUUAGAGGACAAUAUGACCCGCCUGUGUGUCAGACAUGGAACUCGACAACUGUGGUGUGUAUAGGGGAAUAUUUUGCAGCCAAUACGUCGGGGCCAGUGAUCCGCAAACCUCUAAAUCAGGUACCUCCCGGUAUCCCAGAGUCUGUCAUCACGGUGGCUCUCAUCGGUAACAACAUCACUCGUAUCGAAACAGAGCACUUCCCAUGGUUAGUCCGGCUGGAGCAUCUAGAUCUCAGUCAUAACGACAUCAACACCGUCAUGCCAUCCGCCUUCCGUGGACUAUCGCGGCUGAGAUUCAUGGAUUUCAGUUACAACCAAAUAGAAAACAUAGCAAAGGAAACAUUUGAAGGUUUGGGCAACCUUACUCACCUAAACCUGGCAUUCAAUGGGAUAGCAGUGAUAGGAGACGCCUUAAACAAUUUGUACGACUUAAAGGAUUUGAAUAUGAGAGGGAAUAGCUUAGCUGUUUUAAACCAAACAGCACUGGGUCCUGUUUUCAAUAGGCUGCAGAGCCUGGACGUUGCAGGCAACCCGUUUCUGUGUGACUGUAACUUACUGUGGUUUGUUGAGUGGGCCAAGGACAAAUACGAUAGGGUGCCAAACUUGUACAACCCUUACCCUGACGUUGGUCGAGGCUGCACGUGUUCUCGUCCAAUACAACUGCGCGGACGACGUUUGAUUGACGGAUUGAUCCAGAAACAACAAUCCGACGACAGAAAGGAUUCUUCGGAGCGUAGGUUUUUUGACACAGUCUGUAGUCAUGGAUUUCGGCCUAACCGCCUCCUGGCUUGUGUGCUCGCCUCUUCCGGCAUCUUCGUUGCCAUGAUGACCAUUUUUCUGGUCGACUACAACAUCGAUCGUGUUCAAUACUACUUAUGGAAGUUGCUGAGACCGAAGAUUGGUGAAGUAGAGAACCAAGAGCCGCCCAGAUUCACGCACGAUGCUUUUAUUGCCUACAACAACCAGGACGUCAUGUGGGUUGUACAUGAAGCAAUACCUAAUCUGGAACCUAACUACAGUUUGGUCAUACACGAAAGGGACUUUAUACCAGGCGCUUUCAUUGCAGAAAACAUCGCGGAUGCCGUGGAAAACUGCCGGAGAACCAUCUGCCUCAUCACCAGGAACUUCCUGAAGAGUAAGUGGUGCGAGUUUGAGUUCCAGCGUGCUCAGCACAUCAUGGUUGACGGGGGAGGGAGGCGUCUCAUCCUGGUGUUUCUGGAGAGGAUUCCUGCCAGGAUGCUGAAACGGUUCCGCCAUCUGAACGCCGUAAUGAAGAGGGACACGUACCUGACGUGGCCGGACGACGUGCGGAAAAGGCCGCUGUUCUGGAAGCGGCUGCGAGACGCUCUGGGCGAUCCUCUACCCCGGGACCCAGAGCCUCAGCAGCAGGUACAAGAUCCGGAAGGGAACACUAAAGAUCAACAAGAACAGGCCCCGGAAAGAAACAUUGUGGAAGUGCAGGUACAUGGCCCCAUGCGGAACGUUCUGGAACAGCAAGAUGAAAUUCUAUUACCAGACCCAGAAGACCUGUGGUUCGGAGAUGGGAAAGAUCGUCCUCUCCUACCACUCUAG